GAGGGCAGUGCUCGUCGCGGUGGGCAUCGGUGGGCUGUUCCUGGCGUCGUUUGCCGGUGGCAUGCAGCAGCACGACAAGGGGGAGGGAGGCGGCGACAACGAGGGAGUCAGUAGUAGCCGAGUAACAAAGCGAGCGAAGCCCCUGGAUCCGGAGGAGGAGAAGCGCCAGCAUCAGGCCGAAGAGGAGGAGGACGACUACUAUUACGAGGACGACGUGGACGAACGGAACAAUCCAACGAACGAGGCGCCGGUCGUACCGCCCGGAUUCCUCAGCCCGUCGGUGCGCGCGUACUUGGACCUCGGCAAGUCGAUACCCGGUCGACCAGGAACGGACUACCCAGUACUGGGAAAAGUACCCUACACACAGUUCUACUGCGACGACCAGCCUUACCCGGGUUUUUUCGCCGACAUGGAGACGCGCUGUCAAGUCUGGCACUACUGCGACAUAGACGGUCGACAAGCUAGCUUCCUCUGUCCCAACGGCACUCAAUUCAGCCAGGCGGUCUUUGUCUGCGAUUGGUGGUUCAACGUGCGCUGCGAACUCAGUCCUAAGCUCUACGCCAUCAACAGUCGACUUUAUCAGCGAUCAACCGAGAGCCCCACUCGACCGCAUCGAGUUAUCACCAAGGAAUUGGUUGAGAACAUUUUUACCAAGCGAAAAUGAAGAUCUGAUAGUUACUAAGGUGUAUUUUGACAGUAAAACAGAAGAUCAACGAGAUAAAAAAGCGACAGAGAAUAAGGUUAUGUUACAUAACCUCAUUUGUAUAAAGUAAUCCACACUUGAAAUGGACUAAACAUUUGUACUGUUUACGUAAUGCAGAAUAAUAUACUUCGUACCAUGGACACAAAUAACGACUUGCGUAGCCCAAGUAUCGAUUGUUGUACCUUUGUAUCC